AGAGAGAGAGAGAGAUCUUGAUCAAAUCUUCCAUCUUAUGUCUUCUAAAAAUCGUUUAUAAAAUCCAUCUCACUGAGAUAAACUCUAUAUAUUUUAAAGAUUGAGUAGAGAUGGGAAAUCACUACUCUAGAAGAAAAUCUCGGAAACACAUCACUAGUGCUGCCUUCAUCAUCCUUCUUCUUCUGUUUCUUUUCCUUUACGCUAAAGCUUCAUCGUCGUCGUCUCCUAGUAGUCAUCACCACUCUACUGAUGGAAGCUUGAAGAAAGCUGGAAUUUUCGAUCCAAAGCUUCAUGAUCUUAAUUCCAAUGCUGCGUCACGCGGCUCAAGAUAUACUAAUGAAGGUGGUGAAAAAGCUUUUGAAGAUGACAAGAGAAGGGUCUUCACAGGUCCUAAUCCUUUGCACAAUAGAUAA